AUGCAGGACACCAGUACAGAAAAGGGAGCGGGUGGAGGUGGAGAGCAGGGAUCAGUUCAGCUCUGGCCCAGUGUAGGAAUGAAUAACCUGUAACUGGAGUUCAGUGAACAAUUCACAGACAGUAAUUUAUUUGAUAGAAGAGCCUCUUUUACUGCUCACAGAACAUGUGCAUGCAGAUUUCUAGUUCCUCAUUCAAAUUUAUUCACUUUUUUUCUAUCUAUGACUCGAUCAUCAGCAGUUUGCCAGUUCACUGCAGCCACGCUGGCAUUGUCGCCUGGUGAGGAUGACCGAUUGGAGCACUGGCACAGUAAAGCUUGCAAAUGUGAUUGUCAAGGAAGUGCCAACUCAGUAUGGGCCACCGGAACCAACAGCUUAGUGUGCAUGCCGGAGUGUCCCUAUCAUAAACCCCUCGGGUUUGAGUCAGGAGCGCUUCCUUCCGACCAGAUAAGCUGCUCCAAUUCCGAGCAGUACACUGGCUGGUAUACUUCAUGGACUGCAAACAAGGCCCGACUUAAUGGCCAGGGUUUUGGGUGUGCAUGGCUCUCCAAAUUUCAAGACAAUGGGCAGUGGCUGCAGAUUGACAUGAAAGAAGUCAAAGUUAUCUCAGGGCUACUCACACAGGGGCGCUGUGAUGCGGAUGAGUGGAUGACAAAAUACAGCGUGCAGUACAGGACUGAUGAGAAUCUGAAUUGGAUUUACUACAAGGACCAGACAGGAAACAACCGGGUUUUCUAUGGAAACUCAGACAGAUCAUCCAUUGUCCAGAAUCUCCUGCGCCCUCCGAUUGUUUCCCGCUACAUCCGAUUAAUACCUCUAGGCUGGCAUGUGCGCAUUGCCAUCAGGAUGGAGCUGCUGGAGUGCAUGAGUAAAUGUGCUUAAAGUCCAAUCAUGCGUGGCUUUCAAAGGGGUGCGAGGAGAGUCCCUAGCAAAAUGUAGAAAGACAAUAAACACAAUGACAAGGGUAGCAA